AUGUCCCUCCAAAAGCAAGUCUUCCUCAUUGGUCCUGGAUAUAUUGGCGGCGAGAUACUGGAUCUUUUACUCGGGGAAAGCUGUUAUGAGAUUACGGUACUCGUUCGCAGACAAGCUGCUGCCGAGGAACUCGAAAAACUUGGCGUCAAGACGGUCAGAGGGUCUCUCAGCGACUCGGAGAUAAUUGCAAGGCAAGCUUGCUUAAGUGAUAUCACUAUUCAUACUGCGACUGCGGACGAUAUUGUCUCAGUAGGAGCCGUCAUCGAAGGCAUUACUCAACGUGUGCAAAGUGGCCAAGCCGCGAUUUAUAUCCACACAAGCGGAGCGAGUUUGCUUGGGGAUGAUUCGAAAGGCUCGUUUCCAACCGAAGUUUUUUACGAGGAUGAUAAACCGGAACAUAUUGAUGCAAUAUCUGACGAGGCACCACAUCGAAAGAUUGAUCUGGCCAUUGUAAACGCCAAUAAGAGUCUCGGCUCAAAAGCGAAACUAGCAAUCAUGAUCCCUCCCCUCAUUUACGGAAUUAACUCUCGGGAAAAGCGAUUAUCGAUUCAGUUACCUACUCUGGCUCGAUUUGCGAUAAAGCAUGGCUAUGCCGGACAUAUUGGAAAAGGCUUAUCAAAGUGGUCACAAAUACAUGUUCGCGAUUUAGCAAGAGGUUAUGUUACACUAUUACACUCGCUCGAGACCAGUGAUUUGGGUACUAAGAACCCUUACUAUUUUUGCAAUAAUGGAGAAGACCUAUCAUGGGGGAAUGUGCUUCUGAGAUUGGCAAGAUCUUGUACGAAGAGGGGAGAAUCAAUAGUCCUGAGACCAAAACUAUACCUUUGGAAUCGUACAACGACCUAUUUGGGCCCUAUUCAUCUGUAG